GGGAGGCAGCGGGGAUACAGUAACCUGCCACAGGGACUCACAUGGUCUUGCCGCAGCGGAGCACAAACCUCAGGGACUCUCCUAACCUCUGACGCUCUGCUACUUUUUCUACAUUUCCACUUCUCACGUUUUUAUUUUUUUUUAGGUUUUCAUCUUAAAGAGUUACAUUUCUUCAUCCUUCCACACUCCCGCAGCCCAGAGUGUCGGCCAGACUCGGGCCGGUGAAGCAGCGAACAUGGCUCGGGAGAACGGAGACACCGGCAGCGGGCAGACGUGGAAGAAACACAUCGACGACAUCAAGACGAUCUUCGACUUCAAAGAACUCCUCGGAACAGGGGCYUUUUCCGAGGUGGUCCUGGCCCAGGAGAAGCAGAACGGACGGAUGUUUGCGGUGAAGUGCAUCCCCAAGAAGGCUCUGAAGGGGAAGGAGAGCAGCAUCGAGAACGAGAUCGCCGUGCUGAGGAAGAUCAAGCAUGAAAACAUUGUGGCCCUGGAGGACAUCUACGAGAGUCCAGACCACCUCUACCUGGUGAUGCAGCU